UGACAAAGGAAACAAAAGGGAACCCCACCUAGUCUAUUUUCGCUCAUAAGAGUGGUGCUGGUUGUCUCCCUUCAUGAGUGAUGUUAUACUCGGCCAAAUGAGGUGUAUAAGGUGUCCUUGGAUAGCUUUUGAAGUCUAUUUUUAUAAUUGAGUGGUCUCAGUUCGAGAGGAGAGAAUAAUCAUCCAAAAAUCGAUCUGGAACGAGCAGUGGUCUGUGAACUCGAGCUGUGAGAGUGCUGAGACUGUUUGGUUGAUAUCUCGAGUUUUACCAAUCCAAUUAAGGCGUGUGAGAUACCAAAAGAAAGCUCUCAAGACGAGGAAUCCGUGAAGGUCUGGUUUGCAUCAAUCGGAGUAGAGGAAGGCUUCCAAAUCGUCCGAGCAGAACGCGACCUCGCAGGGACGGAUUUACUCUUCUAAGAAUCGAGUUAGCCGGAAAACACCCGUUCUAGGGGCUGUUUUCGUAUCAACGAUUAGGGGUUGAAAUAGCAACUUGAGGAGGCUGUUUAGCACCCAUUUCUAAGCAAGGAAUCAGUUCUCAAGCUUCCUUGGCCGAGGCUUUAGCCAUUGGAUCGAGAAGGAAGGUUUUAAAGCUCAUUUGAGGUUGAGGCUAGAGCUUGCUUCCUGUGCUCGUUGCUCGAGGGAUCAUCUAGGAGGGAAGACUUGAAAUGGACCGUGGUGGCAGGAUUACUAGGAGAAACCCGACGGGCCGUGUACCAGUGGAGACUGGACAGGGCAGUCGAAGGACCUCUAGGGCAUCUAGAGGAGCUGGCCGUGGAGGCCGAUCACAGACCGUGAGUGACGGUCAUGUUGACACAGAAAGUGAAACCUACUGGUCCUAUGAGGACUCGACUUACCAACCGGAGACCGAGCCGGUUGAGACCCCUUACGAAGGGGAUGACGAUGAUAUAAGUGAUGAAGAAGGGGAGAAUGACUCCCUAGCCAGAAUUGAGGCGCUGCUCCAGCAAUACCAGCGGGAGCGCGAGGGAAGGAGGGAACGCCGAAGGCGCCGAGGAGGGCGAACUUCGGGUGGGGCUUCAAGAGGAAGAAGCCAUGGCGACUCUAGGGCCCACAUUGAACCACAUGGGGGCCGGGGUGAUGGAGGUCCGAUCAUAAGGAUCUCCAAAUACCUCAAGGAGGCACGAGACUUGGGGUGCAAACCCUUCAACGGAGCGGGUGACAUCUCGGUCGCCGCGGAAUGGAUCAAGAGGCUGAACGAAGCAGCCCUUGAUAUGCAACUCACCUCCGAGUUUAAGCUAAGGGUGGCGGUGAGGUUGCUCGAAGGGAUGGCAUCCACAUGGUGGGACGGAGCCAAGGGAAAAUAUGGCAACACGGUGACUUGGGAGAAUUUCCGACAGGAGUUCUUUGCCCAAUAUUAUUCUGAUUUUGAGGUGAACGCCAAGAGGAGAGAGUAUACCCUCCUGACCCAAGGGGGCAAAAUGACGGUGAGGCAACUUGAACACAAAUUCAGGGAGCUCGCGGAGUUCAUACCGGAGUAUGUGUGUGACGAGAACCGGAUGGUAAAUCACUUCUGGGAUGCCUUAGACCUGGAGGUGCGUGAGAGGGCAACACAGUUGCCUAACAUGACUUUUGGCCAAGUGGUCGAGCAAGGGUUAAAAGGAGAGAAAGAAUGGGAGGAAAGAAAGUUGAAGAACGCCGAAGAGGCAAAGAAGAGGAAGUGGGAGAACCAUGGACAUCAAGGUCCUAGCAAAAAGGGGAACCAUGGGGGAGGGGGAUCUUUUCGGACACCCCCACUGCCACCUAGGGGAAGUCAUGGCCCGGGCGGGCAAUCACAAGCCUCGGGGGUGACUCGUUGCAAGAAUUGCAAGAGGAACCACCCGGGGAAAUGUCGUGACCCUCCUAGAUGCUACCAAUGCGGGAGCACGGGUCACAUGAAGAUGAGCUGCCCACAACUGGGCGGGACGAGGGCAUCAGGGCCAAGUAGUGGUAAUACCGGGACACGGAAUCAAGCCGGGACUUCACAAGCGUCCAGGGGGCAAGGGGGAGCAAGCGCAAGCAACGCGCCGUCCGUGAAUCAAGGAAGGACUCAAGCUAGGGUCUACGCGAUGACGGAGGCGGAUGCUCAAGCUAACCCGGAUUCCGUUGCAGGUAUUGCCUCUCGUACACUAGUGUUUUAUCCUUAAUUAGUACAUAAAUUGAAGUUAUAAAUCCUAGAAUCCAGGUGGGAGCAGACGUAAGAUUGAAAUGGGAAAGGAGAGCAAAACCAUGCUACUACCCGACCGGGUAGGGCAAUAAACCCUAUCGGGUGGGACGAGUUUUUGCCCUCGUAAACCUUCUGGAUCGCAUACCCGAUCGGGUUUGGUAAUGAACCUGACCGGGUAGGCCAAGUUUUUUCACUCAUAAGUCCACUGGAACACAUACCCGACCGGGUAUGGUGGUAUACCCGACCGGGUUUGUCAAAAAUUUCUGCCCGACACCUUCUGGAACACAUACCCGACCGGGUUUGGUGGUAUACCCGACCGGGUUUGUCAAAAAUUUCUUCCCGACACUUUCUGGAACACAUACCCGACCGGGUAUGGUGGUAAACCCGACCGGGUUUGUCAAAAAAAAAAAUUCUGCCCGAACCCACUGGAACUUAUACCCGAUCGGGUAUAGUAUGUUACUCGACCGGGUACACCUCGAAGUGUUCGUCAAAUGAAAAAGUUGUCUUCAUGAAAGUUGUAGAUAUUUUCAUUGUCUAAAUGAUGGAAUUUGAAUCGAACGAUUUGGUUAAGUAUGUGAAGAGAUAUGAUCAAAACGGUGAGACAGUGUCAAUUUAUAUCUCAACUGCGAACGUCAACCAUAAUUGGGGGAUUUUGCCCACUUUAAGGACAUGAUUUCGCAUUAUGUUCUUCGUAGGAUUGGUCGGUAUGUUAGAGAGGUAUCUUACAUGGCUUAUAAAUGUAGGAACACUAAAGAUUAAUGGGAGAUGUGCGAGAAUCCUCAUCGAUACCGCGGCGCAACGAUCAUUUGUGAGUGAGGCAUUCGCCGGGGGAUUCAACGCACCCCUAGUACCGAUGGCUCAAGCCCUAUUGGUAUCCACACCCCUAGGGGAAGACAUCGAGAGAGAUAGCCACUAUCCAUCGUGUGAGGUGGAAGUGGAGGGCCAAAACUUGUCGUGUGAUUUCGUGCCGCUGAGUAUGAUUGAGUUCGAUGCAAUCCUGGGGAUGGAUUGGCUUGAGAAGCAUCAUGCUAGGGUCGAUUGUUACACGAAAGUACUUGAACUCGAAGGCAAUGAAGGGGUAACCUUACGCUUCGAAGGGGAUAGGGCAAAAUCCAAUAGUUGUAUCAUAUCCGCUGUGAGGGCUAAGAAUAUGAUGAGGAAGGGAUGUCACGCAUAUCUAGCGUAUGUGGUGGACAAAACCAAAGAAGAGACGAGCAUUGAUGAUGUUAGGGUAGUAUGCAAGUAUCGGGACGUCUUUCCUAAAGACUUACCGGGACUUCCACCCGAUAGGGAGAUUGAGUUCGUGAUCGAGGUCGAGCCCGGCACCAAACCAAUCUCCAUACCGCCAUACCGUAUGGCACCCGCUGAACUUAACGAGUUGAAAACCCAAUUGCAAGAGCUUUUGGAUAAUGGUUUCAUUAGGCCAAGCCACUCCCCAUGGGGAGCACCAGUUCUUUUUGUGAAAAAGAAAGAUGGGACACUUCGAAUGUGUAUUGACUAUCGUCAACUGAACAAGGUCACAAUCAAGAAUAGGUAUCCUUUGCCUAGAAUUGAUGACUUGUUUGAUCAACUACGAGGGGCAACCGUGUUUUCAAAGAUUGAUUUGAGGUCGGGUUACCAUCAAUUGAAGAUUAAGGAAGACGACAUACCAAAAAGUGCUUUCCGCACAAGGUAUGGGCAUUUUGAGUUCCUUGUUAUGUCGUUUGGGUUAACAAACGCCCCGGCGGCAUUCAUGGACUUGAUGAACCGAGUAUUCCAUAAAUACUUGGAUCGAUUCGUGAUUGUGUUCAUAGAUGACAUUUUGAUUUACUCAAAGAGUGAGGAAGAGCAUGAAGAACACUUGAUACUCGUUCUUGAGACACUACGGGAGAAGCAACUUUAUGCCAAAUUCUCUAAAUGUGAAUUUUGGCUAAAGGAAAUUGGCUUCCUCGGGCACGUGGUUUCAGGAUCGGGAAUUGCUGUUGAUAAUAAGAAGAUAGAAGCCAUUACCGAAUGGGAGAGACCAAAGAACGUCAAGGAAAUUCGUAGUUUCCUUGGACUGGCAGGCUACUAUAGAAAGUUCGUGGAGAAGUUCUCUGUUUUGGCAUCACCAUUGACGAAGCUCACUCGUAAAGGAGCUAAGUUUGUAUGGGAUGACAAAUGUGAGGAGGGGUUCAUGGAACUAAAGAAGCGAUUGACCGAGGCACCGGUACUUGCAUUACCCAAACAGGGUGUGUGGUACGAUGUCUAUAGCGACGCGAGCAUCCAAGGGCUUGGAUGCGUGCUGAUGCAGAAUGGGAGGGUAAUCGCCUAUGCUUCACGACAGUUGAAGAAGCAUGAGGUGAAUUAUCCUACUCACGACUUGGAGCUGGGGGCUGUGGUGUUUGCACUGAAGAUAUGGAGACAUUAUCUCUACGGGGAGACAUGUCACAUAUACACUGAUCACAAGAGCUUGAAAUACGUGUUUACUCAAAAAGAGCUAAACAUGAGACAGAGACGGUGGAUGGAGUUGAUAAAAGACUACCAUCUAGUGAUAGAGUAUCACCCAGGCAAGGCAAACGUGGUGGCAGAUGCUUUGAGCCGGAAGAGCUCGUCUGGGGCAUUGCUAGCUAAUUUGAGGGCAUUAAGAGCCCAACUGGAGGUAUCCAGCGAUGGUGCCUUAUUGGCACGAUUUGAGGUGAGACCUACUUUACUUGAUGAGAUCAAGAAGGGUCAAGAGACUGACGCAGAACUUAUGAAGGUCCGGGAACGCAUGCAAGCGGGACUGGUGGAGGAUUUCAGGGCAAGAGAUGAUGGUCUCUUGUUAUUUCGUGACCGAGUGUGUGUGCCGUCAGAUGAUGAGCUCCGAAAGUCCAUCUUAGAGGAGGCUCAUUCAUCGGCUUAUGCCAUGCACCCGGGGGGCACGAAAAUGUACCGUGAUUUGAAAGAAAGUUACUGGUGGUCUGGAAUGAAGAGGGAAAUAGCCGAGUACAUCAGUCGAUGCCUUACUUGUCAACAAGUUAAGGCAGAACAUCAGCAUCCAGCAGGCUUGUUACAACCACUUUCCAUUCCUGAGUGGAAGUGGGAACAUGUGACUAUGGAUUUCGUGGUAGGUUUACCACGGACAAUUCGGAACUACGAUGCGGUUUGGGUUGUUGUGGAUAGGCUCACAAAGAGUGCACACUUCUUGCCUAUCAACACUACCUACCCACUUGAGAGGUUAGCCAAAUUGUAUACGGAUGAGAUCGUGAGACUGCAUGGGGUCCCAGUGACCAUUGUAUCCGAUAGAGACCCACGAUUCACAUCACGUUUUUGGCCGAAAUUUCAGGAGUCUAUGGGAACGAGGUUGAAGUUCAGUACUGCUUUCCACCCACAGACGGAUGGGCAGUCUGAAAGAGUCAUACAGAUCUUAGAAGACAUGCUGAGGGCUUGUGCGUUGGAGUUCCAAGGAAGUUGGGACAACCACUUAGCACUUGUGGAAUUUGCCUAUAACAACAGUUAUCAGGCAAGCAUCGGUAUGCCUCCAUACGAGGCAUUGUAUGGGAGGAGGUGCCGUACACCGUUAUGCUGGGAUGAGGUUGGCAUGGCCAAACUCGAGGGUACUGAGUUGGUUGAGGUCACCAAAUCAAAGGUGAAAUUGAUUCGAGAGAGACUCAAAGCGGCCCAGGAUAGGCAAAAGAGUUAUGCAGAUAAGCGUCGAAGAACCUUAGAGUUUAAGGUUGAUGACGAGGUAUUCUUGAAAGUUUCUCCUUGGAAAGGAAUCAUUCGAUUUCAAACCCGAGGGAAGCUUAACCCACGGUACAUAGGUCCAUUCAGAAUUAUAGAGAGGAUUGGGGCCGUUGCAUAUCGUCUACAGUUGACUCCUGAGUUAGAGAAGAUACAUAAUGUGUUUCAUGUAUCCAUGCUUAAGAAGUAUGUGCAUGAUCCCUCACACGUAUUGGAGAAGCCACCUGUAGAGGUACGUGAGGAUUUGAAAUACGCUGUUCAACCAAUCAAGGUCACCGACAGGAAGGUGAAGAAAUUGAGAAGCAAGGAAGUCCCAAUGGUUAAAGUACUUUGGAAAAGCGAUCGGGUCGAAGAAGAGACAUGGGAAACAGAGGCCUUGAUGAGGAAACAGUAUGCUUUCCUAUUCGAGUAGAGCUGUGAAUUUCGGGGACGAAAUUCCUGUUAAGGGGGGGGUGAACUUGUGACACCGCACCCGAACGUCCUUGAGAAUUUGAUUUUAGAAUUCAAGUUUAUGUAUUGGAUUUCUGAUUCCCAAACAAUUGUAAAACGAUUGUUAUUUUACGUAAUUCAUGAUCGAUUAUGAUACCGCUCGAACUCGUACAUUAGUGUUGGGCUUGAGGAUACUCGUUUGGGCCUUAUUAAUAAAUAAAAGAUCCAAACAUUAUCUAAAUAGUUAUACAUAACGUUUCAAGACAAGUUGAGGAAGGGCGGGCAGUCCAUACAUUAUUUUGAGCUCAACCCGCUAAAAUAGCAAACAGUUGAGGACGGCGUCGUAGGCCCACUCGGGGGCGACCCACACGGCUUGUAGCCCAAUAAUAUGAAUGACAAAUGUCAAAAUAAGCGAUAGGAUGAUUAAAGAAGAGUACAAAUGCCUAUAACCCCAUCUUUGGCAUUAUUGAGCCAAAUAAUGGGAGUAGGAUUUUCCUUCUAUAUUAUCCAUCAAGUAAGUUAUUGAGAUGAGCCUACACAUAUUGGAGAUCAAUAAUGUUAUGUAGGAAGUUGACUUGUUCUAAAUAAAUUAGGAUAAGUCCAAAAAGACAUCUUUGACAAAAGAUAAAACAAUAGGACCCAUUCUUCCAUUUUUGGAUGUAUUGAUUAAUGUUUUGCUCCCAAAAAUAAUGGGGGAACACAUGCUGCGCCCCAUCCCUUCUUUUCCACCUGCAAGACAAGAAAAAUAAGGUUAGGAGGCUGCCAUAGUUGACUCUAGGGGCUGGACUUGACAAAGGAAACAAAAGGGAACCCCACCUAGUCUAUUUUCGCUCAUAAGAGUGGUGCUGGUUGUCUCCCUUCAUGAGUGAUGUUAUACUCGGCCAAAUGAGGUGUAUAAGGUGUCCUUGGAUAGCUUUUGAAGUCUAUUUUUAUAAUUGAGUGGUCUCAGUUCGAGAGGAGAGAGUAAUCAUCCAAAAAUCGAUCUGGAACGAGCAGUGGUCUGUGAACUCGAGCUGUGAGAGUGCUGAGACUGUUUGGUUGAUAUCUCGAGUUUUACCAAUCCAAUUAAGGCGUGUGAGAUACCAAAAGAAAGCUCUCAAGACGAGGAAUCCGUGAAGGUCUGGUUUGCAUCAAUCGGAGUAGAGGAAGGCUUCCAAAUCGUCCGAGCAGAACGCGACCUCGCAGGGACGGAUUUACUCUUCUAAGAAUCGAGUUAGCCGGAAAACACCCGUUCUAGGGGCUGUUUUCGUAUCAACGAUUAGGGGUUGAAAUAGCAACUUGAGGAGGCUGUUUAGCACCCAUUUCUAAGCAAGGAAUCAGUUCUCAAGCUUCCUUGGCCGAGGCUUUAGCCAUUGGAUCGAGAAGGAAGGUUUUAAAGCUCAUUUGAGGUUGAGGCUAGAGCUUGCUUCCUGUGCUCGUUGCUCGAGGGAUCAUCUAGGAGGGAAGACUUGGUUCGUGCUUCCUCCAUUCAGUUUUAAACAUUAAUAAACAUGCUCAUGGAUAUUUUACUAUGGAGCCUGCGUGCUCAUGAAUAGCCCGGUGUGGCCUUUUUGUUUUAAACAAUGUUUUCCGCUGCAUUAUGAAUUACUUACUAUGUUUGUUUAUGGAUGGCUUACGUGUGAAUGAUAUUCGAGACGCCUUGUAUAAUAUGAAUGUGUUGGACUGCGGUUGACUAUUCGUAUUGUACGGCGGGUUGUUGACGUGUCCGGGGAGGUCCGGGGCGUGACAAAAAUGCCAUGUUUAAAAGCCUUGUAAUGCCAAACUUGACAGAAAUUUACUCCUAUUCAAAGAAUAAAAAACAUGAUACUCCUAUUUUGGAAUUUCAACACGUUUUUCCUCCUAUUCAGGUCAAUUUCUGAUACUAGAUCUGCGGUGGUGGCAGCCAAAUUUGCAACGGCGGUGGCCAAAUCUGCGACGAAGGCGGCCAGAUCUGCAACGGCUAGUUCUGAGGUAGAGGCGACUGGCAGCGGCGACCGGAGAUCGGCGGCGGUCCGACUACUGUUCACAGCAAUAUGCUUUUCAAGCUUUAGGGGUGUUUUUGUCCAUCUAAAACAAUAACUCAUAUUUAAGGAAUUUUUAAACUUUACUCCUAUUUAGAUAAAUCUCCCAAGAAGUUUAUAGUUCAUUAGGAUUGAUUUAAAACGGGGAAAUUGUCUUGGAUAGGAGUAAAUAAGGUUUGAAAUUCCAAAAUAGGACUACCGUGUUUUCUUUCCCGAAAUACGAAUUGUUACUACCAUAUAUGAAAAAUAUUGUCAUUAAUUCUAAUAAAUACUGUCAUGUUAAAUGCAUUGUACUGCAAUUAUUUGGCAGUCACGCCUACAAGUUGAUAGUUAAUACUGUCAUGGUAGUCCUAUUUUGAAAUUUCAAACUUCAUUUACUUCUAUUUUGGAAAAUCUCUCUUUAAAACGUGCGUUAUAUGCCUUUGUCUGUGUACCAAAAUACCUUAUAUCCUACAACAAAUGAGUUAACUUUUAUCUCAUGAAAUGAAUUGCGUGGAAGGUCUACCAAAAUACCUUAUAUCCUACAACAAAUGAGUUAACUUUUCUGUGGGAGAAUAUUUUGGGCUAAUCUUUUAGAUAAUAUAGCAUUUUGUCCUCCAUUCAUGGCAUUUUAAUAUUUCUAAUUUAUUUAUAAUUAUUUCUUGCAUAUAGUAGUAUGUUCUUGUAUUUUAACAGGCCGGCCAGGCAAGAACUGGUCACUGGUUGUUGUUGGGUUUACAUCAACACGCACGUUGAAUUGGGACCUUGCGUGAAAGGUUUCAACAUUUUUCUUGUAAUAAUUAUUAUAUUCCAUCUCUUAAUUGCUCGUUUGUUAGUGUUGAUAUAAUCAUACCAAUAAUAUGAUUUAGUAAGUUGGCAAGUCCAAUCAUCAAAAUAAAAAGGAAAAUAAAAAAUAAAAACUUAGGCAACACUCCUCUUUCAUUAAUGCUACAGCCUACAGCUCAUCAUUAUUAUUAUUAUUAUUAUUAUUAUUAUUAUUAUUAUUAUUAUUAUUAUUAUUAUUAUUAUUAUUAUGAUAAACAAACCCAAAUCACGUUUUCCAGAAAAUUAUUUUCCGAUCCUCACUCGAUCAUACGAAGUAUUAGUUUAAGCUUGAUACAUGAGAUUUGACAUAAAUAUAUACGAAGUAUAUAUUAUGGAGUAACUAACUAAAUAAAAAUAGAAUUUUUGAAGAAAGUAAAA